CUCCCAGCAUGUCAUAUGUUCGCGGCACCGCGCGCGCGAAUCCGGCUCAGUAUCGCGCGGAACUCCCUUUCGCCGCUUCUGGCCCAACCGAUUCCCGAAUUCCCGCGGCCCACCGGCAGUAGCUCGUACACGGGUGUAUAGGUAUAGCCGUACGGCACGGGCGCCAACACCACCGGCCAACGAUGUCUUCGCUGUUGUCGUCCACGACGGCGGCCCCGGUCACUUCGACCGUCUCCUCUUCCGCCGCCGCCGCCACCACCGUCGCCUCCGCCGCCGCCGCCACGGGCUCGACGGCGGCGGUGACCACGCUGACGGCGGUUUGCGUGGCGUUGGCGCUGAUUUUGGUGGCCAUGUGCUUGUUGGACCUGCCGUACUUCUUCCGGUCGCUGUUCAGCUACGUGUCGGCCACGUGCUUCAAGAAGAAGCUUCGGGCCACCGACACGGCCGUGUACUCGUCCGUGUGCCUGACUUCCGACCUGGACGUGUACCUGACCCACAUGAACAACGCCCGGUACCUGCGCGAGAUCGACCUGGCCCGCAUCGAGUUCCUGUUGCGCACCGGCAUAUGGCGCGAGCUCCGGCGCCGCGGCGGCCUCAUAUUCACCAUCGCCAACAGCGUCCGGUACCGGAGGUUCGUGCGCACGUUCAGCCGGUACGAGAUCCGCACCAGGAUCGUGUACUGGGACGACGUGUCCAUAUUCUUCGAGUUCCGAUUCGUGUCGAAGGCCGACGGGUUCGUCCGGGCCAUCGUGUACAACCGGCAGCAGGUGGUCGGCUGCAGCGCGGACGAGCUGAUGCGCACCGUCGUCGGGGGCGGCGGCGGCGACGCGACAGAGGCCGCCAAGACGGCCGCCGAUGGCGCGUACCACCGGCCCGAGUGUCCCAUCGAGAUACACCACUGGAUACAGUCCAACCUCAUGUCCAGCGCCAGCCUCAAGGCCGAGAUCGGCGACGGCGAUCCGCUGUAACGCGCCCGCCGCGCACGUGGGCGGCCGUUGGGUGCCUCGCGCUACUAGGUCACACGGUACACCGCGCGGACCAGAGAAAUUCGUUUUGGUGCAUUUUCCUCGCGCAUGACAACGUCACGCCGUAUCGCGUACCGAGUCGUAAUUCCGCGUGACGUUUAGUGUGCAUAAUAUUAUUGUUAAAUUCUGCGAGUCUGUUGAUGUCGCUUGGCUUAUACUAUCACGCGAGGAGGUAGGAUCAACAGUGUACCGAAAAUCCGUCUGCAUUUCGAUCAGCGCUUGUCGGUAUCAAGCUAUAUACCUAAGUAUACCUAUUACUGUAUUAUUAUUAAUAGUAGUUUCGGGUCGAGUCAAUAGGCGAUAUUGUUUUUUUUUCUUUCCAUAUUUAUGCGAACAUUUUUUAUUUUGAAUGUACAAAUUUAUUAUUUUACAAGUAUGAUUAGAUACUAUUCAACGUGUUCAUCAAUAGGAUUAUUUUCCCGUCAUUUUUGUUUAAAGUUAAGUAUUCUUCUCCGUCGUAUCUUUUUUUCGAAAUAAUUUUUCAUUUUUGCACCCAAACACGCGUAUUUCAUUUUACACCUUCACAUAUUUUCAAAAAACGAUGUGUCCAAACGUGUCGCGUCCAUACUGUGAUAAACUGCUGCAUCUUCAUCUAGUGAUGUACACCUUGAUAAAUUUAGUGCACGCGGCGCUAUUGCAUAUCGAUUAUUAUCGCUUUCAGCUUUGAACGUGGGCUCGAUUGGUUUUUAUUGUUUUUUUUUUUAAAAAUAUCUUAAAUUUGAUAUCGAUUACACAGAGAUACACAUACACACCCAUGCAUAAAAAAUAAUUAAGAAAAUAUUUUAUUAUAUAACCGUUUGUAUACCAAUCGAGACCACAUUAUAACGUCAUAUACUUAUGAUAAUUAAUAUAUUACAAAUUAUAUAAUAUAAUUGAUUAUUAUAAUCAUAAUUAUCAUACUCGACUGUACUUUAUAUGUUCUAGUCUAAUUGUCUGCCUUUUAUAUAAUUUAAUUAUGAUUAUGUUCAGAUACUCUUGUAUACUAUAGUAAUAUAAAUCAGGACGUCCGUUUACUC